AUGGCUUCCGAUACCUAUCAGAAGGUCAUCCACAUGGUGGACGCGACUGUGAGGAGUGCGGGAGAACUACUGAAGCAAUUGCAAGAUCACCGCGUUGAGCCACCUGUGAUCGAAACCAAAAAAAUUCCAAUUAAAAUAACUAGUCAGGGCGAUUCCUGCAAAACAGCGUCUUUCACCACAAGCAGCUCUCUUUCAGCUCAUACUCCCCCUUAUUCAAGGAGUGAGCUCAAGUUAAAAUCUAAGAAGUUAGAAUCUAAGAAAAGAAGCUCUUAUGCUACUGCCGACGUUUGUGUUGGACAUGAGGACGGUGGUGAUAUUAGAAUUAUCCACGCUGACAAUGUUUACAUCAACUGUGAUUCUGAUGGAUUUUCUGCAGAAAUGUCCGAUUUCUCACAAUCUUCGAAGAGAAGCAAGAAACGCAGAAAACUCACUGGGCAUAUGGAUACAGCACUGAAAGAAAUUUCUUUGGAAAAGAAAGAAGCCGGUGAAGUAAAGGCAGACGAAAAAGUGCAGAAGGAUCUCCAUGCUAUGCAGGGUGACUCAAAAUCAGCUGAGCUUAAGAAAAUCACACCCAAAGCAGUCACUCCAAAAACUAGAUCCACCAGUACAAGUACUUCUAAAAAGGGAGUAACUGAGAAACAAGCGAAAAAGUCGAAGUCAUACCUGAAAGAGACUAUUACACGAACCGAAAUUAUUACGACUAAGGAAUUUCCUGGAGACAUCAAAUCUCUGGACGAUGCAACAAAAGGUACUGUAAAGAAGAGAGAAGUGAAAACGACAUCUACCGUAAACAUAUAUCCGGAAGAUAAGGUUGCGGGACAAUUAGUACCUGGAAUUGAAACACGGAACUAUACAACUACGGAAAUUCUCAAAAAACCUGGAGAGUCCGGAACUGUGGAACCAUUCAGCAGAUUUGUCCUGGGAAAUCGUGACCAGGGAACGUCAAGUGGUCCAUCGCAAAAGUCAGAAUAUGCUGAGAGCAUCAGUGAACUGUCAUCUCUUCUUAAAACAGCUGUUGAACAGAGCUCAAACAUUUCUAAAAAUAAACCUUCAUCAAAGCCAAGGGAUCCAUAUCGCCCGCCUAAAGUGUCCCAAGAUUCAACUGUGGAAAAACUAUCAGCAGUUCACAAAGUCAAUAAAGAGUCAGACAAGUCAGCGGAGCAGAAAAAGAUAAAAGCUACAAAGAAGACUCUUUCACAUCGAGAAUCAGAAAAUACGACGAGAACAGAAUCAUCAAUUAAAGCAGAAAGAACACCUGCGCAGCAAAUGGAGUCACCACGCACUAUGCCCCCAUGGGGACUGCCAUCCCGUGAGGAUCCGACCGAAAUGACCGCUGUGAAAAAGCAUUCGAAAGCUAAAUCAACUCCAAGCACAUUACAGUACACGUCUUCACAAUCAUCUCUUAUCGGGAAAUCAUAUCCUCGUAAAACUCCACCAAGUGCGAAGCGACACAAAAAGAAAAAGGAGGAAGGUUUCACAGAAGCGGGGAAAUCGGAGUCAUAUCUGGAACGUACCCUUAAAUAUGCUAUCGCUGGAAGGAAACCUUCAAAAACUAGACAGGCUCGCCAAGGUUCUGAUGAAGUAAAAGUUCACAGUAAGAAAUCGGAUGAAUCCAGCCGAUCCAGCAGUUCCGUAAAAGCAAUAAAGUUGAAAUCGAAGUUGAAAAAAGAAACCUCGACUCGAGCGAGAGAAACCACUUCCGAUACGGAAUGCAUCACAACGGCAAGAUCCUCCACACCAAGGAAAGAUUCUCCGAUUCUUCUGCCUCCAUGGGGUAUGCCAUCAGCUGAAACUCCUGUUGAAUUGACACCCGUUAAGAAACACGGGAAGGCUCAAUCGCCUCCAAGCACACUGCAAUAUUCUUCCUCACAAUCAUCUCUUAUCGGAAAAUCAUAUCAUCGUAAAACUCCACCAAGUGGAAAAAGGCAUAAGAGGAAGAAAAAAGAGGAAGAAUUUAGAGAAGCGGGGAAAUCCGAGUCAUACCUGGAGCGUACUCUCAAAUAUGCUGUUGCUGGACGAAAGCUCAGUAAAAAGCACCAGGUCCGUAAGGCAAGAGAGAGUAUCAAAGAAUCUAGAAAAUCCAUGAAAGCUAAAGAUGUGGAGAAGAGAUCUGCUAAAACGUUCAAGAAUCCAGUAACUCCACGUUAUUUGAAGCCAAAAUAUAAAAUACCCGAAGAGUUUAAAAUUGAAAGAAAAUCUGCAGAAGAAUACAACACAUCAGUGAAGUCAGAAUCGAAUCAAUCGUCAGGACCAUCAUCUGAAUUUUAUUAUGGAAAAGGCGAAGAAACACCGUUAUCAUCCACUAAAUCGGACGGAUCCUCGCACAUGUCUGGAUUCAAGUCAUCCAAGAAGAAGAAGAAGAAGAUGGACGGGAAGAAGAGAGAGGAAGAUGGUCGUGGUAUGGUAGCAGCUGAUAAAUCAGAAUCCUAUCUGGAACACGUGAAUGAAUACGCGAUCGCUGGCCGGAAAGUGAAAAGAAAAUCACCUCCGAAAUCCUCUGUAGAUAUUUGGCGAAAACGAGAAAAUAUAAAAGAGUCGAGAAAAAUGAUGAAGAAAGGAGACGUCGGAAGAGUUUAUUCAAAAGAAUUCGUCACAAAUCCAGCAAAACCAGCAUCUCUUGGAAAUAUAAUGAAAAGACAACAGGAACUUGCUGCACAUUUAGUGCAUGGUUCAAAGGAUCGAGAUUCGUUGUCGGAAGCGGCUGAUGUUGAAUCUCGUACGGUCGUCCACGAUCAUUCGCUUCCACCACCGACUUCAUUGUCUUCGCUGGGACGUCCAUACAGAAGAAUGGAAAGAGCACGUGUCGUAAGAAGAAUGCACAAACGAUUGCGGAAGAAGCCGAAAAAACGAUCCGGAUUUCAACCAGCAACCGAGUCAAAAUCAUGGCUUGAACAUUCACUUAAAUUUGCAACCGCAGGUGAAAUGGCAAGAAAAAAGAAAGAAGAAGAGGCAGAAGCAAUGAAAUCGGACUUGGAUAAUUUUGAACCACCCAAAGUCACCAGUGUUGGAUGUCAAACUGGUAAUUCAAAAUUAACAGGAAGCGAUGAUAACGGUUCUGUAUCGAUGGAUGAUGCGGAGAAGAAAUGUGAGGUCGAAGAACAGCGGUCGAAAGCAUCCUAUAAAAGAUCCAGAAGCAAAUCAACGGGAAGAAGCAUGCCGAGCAUAGCGUCGAGUUUGAAGGCAGAAAGUGAAAGUCCUCUCCAAACAGCGUCAACCGGUCUCAAUACACCACAGUACAGUAACGUAUCGUACGCGCAUCCUACAAUCAACAAAAGUGGACAGUCCGCUUCUGAAUCUCCUUUCGAAUUGACCUCUGCCGGACACAAUGAUAUCACAUCAGCGCCAGUUGAUUCACGACUUCUUACCUCAUCCAGAAGCGGAUCAAAAUCACGCAAAAAAUGCAAAUCACAUAGCAGACAAUCUAUUCCAGAUGAAAACAUCGAAAACGUGCCAAACAUAUCGUUACCAGUGUGUAAAUGUAGUCAUCGAUCUCAUGUAGUACGAUCAACUCAUUCAAGAGCACCGGAUGAUAUUCGUUUUGAUGUCAAAUUCCAAUUACGGGAUAUUGACACCAAUUUAGAGCAUACGCUUAAUAUCAAUGGUUAUUUUAUAGAUAAAAAGUUGAAAAGACUAACUUUAAAUGGAAAAUUUUGCCAGCUCUGA